UAUCUAUCCAGUGGACACGGCACGAACAGCGCCUCCCCUCCCGCUCUCCCUCGCCCUCUCGGCUUCCCUCCAAUGCCGCCACCCAUGGCGCUGCCCCUCCCCACCUCCGCCUCCACCACGCUCCCGCCCUUCCGCGCUUCCCUGCCGACCGCGACGCGCCUCCCCUCGGCCUGCCCCUGCCCCCGCCCCCGCGCGGUCUCCGCCGGCUACGCGGCGUCCUUCUACAGCGGCUCGGCGGCAGCCACCGGCGGCGCCGAGGACGAGGAGGUCGGCGACGAGGGCGGCUCCGCCUCGGGGUUCGGCGCAGGGCUGGGCCUCGGCGGCGGCGGGCUCGGGAUGUCGGCCGCGGAGGCGGCGCUGGCGCUGGAGGAGCGGGAGAUGCCGCCCUGCCCGCCGGGCCUGCGCCAGUACGAGACCAUGGUGGUGCUCCGACCCGACAUGUCCGAGGAGGAGCGCCUCGCGCUCAUCCAGCGCUACGAGGAGCUGCUCGUCACCGGCGGCGCCAUGUACGUGGAGGUGUUCAACCGGGGCGUCAUCCCGCUGGCAUACAGCAUCAGGAAGAGGAACAGCCGGACCGGGCUGCCGUCCACCUACUACGACGGCAUAUACCUCCUCGUCACCUACUUCACCAAGCCCGAUUCCCUGAGCACCCUGCAGCAGAGGCUCAACGCCGACGAUGACGUCAUCCGGUCCACCAGCUUCAAGGUCCGCCCUCGGAAGGCCUUCUAGGCUCAUGGGGCUGAAGAUUUGGUUUCUUCUUCUGGAACGAAAAGAUUCAGGUCUUGAAAUAUUUUGUUCAUAUCAUACAAGAAUUCUGCAGUGUUGCGAGUAGAUGCAUGCCUCGUUUUCAAUGGUUGAGAGAAAAAUGGAUAUCUUUUAUCGUGCUUCA